AUGGUACCGCCGAAAGAAAAAGAACGCCCGACCAAGGCCUUCAACCCAUUGACCGAGUCCUCUGAUUCGAAACCGGACCUCGAAGCUACAGCCCCGGGAGCCACAUCCGAGGAACCGGAAAACCUCACGCCAACUGAGACACUCAUGCUCGACCUCUCGCGAAAGUUCAUCGCAGCGGUCAACGAGCGCGCAUUCGACGCCGCUCUCGCCCUGCAAGACACCAGCGUGGGCGAGGAAUUCGGCGUUGCGAUCAAUUUCACCGCGCAGCUCAUGAACUCUCCCAAAGUGUCGGACUGGGACGAGUAUGUGGGUUUCUUCCGGGAUACCGUCGCGGAGUGGCCGGAGUACCAUAUCGGGCUGAUCUCUUCCACGGUCAGCUUGGACAAUGUGAGAGAUAAGGCCGAUGUGUUCUUGCUGGCCGAAGAGACCGGUAAGCCGCCUGGAGUGCGGACUGUGGCGCCUAGUCGGCUGGAGUGGUUGAAGGUUGGGCAGAAGUGGAUGCUUUCGAAGCAUUUGAUGUUCAGGGGUGCGGAGAUGGAUCCAAUGGGUGUCGAAAAAUAG